AUGGGCAUCGAAUAUAGCUUAUAUGAAAAAAUAGAUUUGGACAAUUUAGAGUGUCUCAAUGAAAAAUUAGAAGGAAGUGGUAAGAGAGUGUUUAGGCCUUAUGAAAAUCGGUUGGAUACAACGCAGUUUGUUAAAAGUGAUUCCGACGAAGAGUUACUCUUCUACAUACCAUUCACGGGCAAUAUCAAAUUAAAAGGAAUUAUAAUUAUAGAAGGUAAUGAUGGUAGUCAUCCAAACAAAAUGCAGCUCUUUAGUGCCAUCCAACCAGUUUAUGAAGAUGACGAUAACAUUUUUGCUUCCAUAAUCACCCAAGAAAAAGAAAAAGACAAUGAAACUGGACUGGAAGAUAUGAAAGAUCGCAUGGAAUUUUAA